CCACAAAUGCUAUUAUCCAAGGCACAAAAACUACAAAUGCUAAUGCCCGAGAUCAUAUAAAAGGCAUCAAACAUCCCAACCCGGGUGAAGAAGAAACGGGCAGCAAAUGGAGAUGACAACGCCCCUCGCUUCUCCCUUCCUCUCCACGCUAUUCCUGGUGCUCUUGGUCUGUACCAACUGCCGUGGAUUCGAGAUCGAAGAGGCCACCAUCGACGGCAUUCAGCAGGCUUUCAAGGAGGGCAGUCUCACCUCCAGACAGCUGGUGGAGUACUACCUGGACCAGAUCCAGGCCCUCAACCCGCUACUCCACGCCGUGAUCGAGGUGAACCCUGACGCGCUCCGGCAGGCGGAUCGGGCCGACAGGCAGCGGCAGAGCGGGGGCCACCAGGGCGGGGGCCUCCACGGCAUCCCGGUCCUCCUCAAGGACAUCAUCGCCACGAGGGACCGGCUCAACAACACCGCCGGCUCGUUCGCCCUGCUUGGGUCGGUGGUGCCGCGCGACGCCGGGGUGGUCCGGCGGCUGAGGUGGGCGGGAGCGGUGAUAUUGGGGAAGGCCAGCCUCAGCGAGUGGGCCAACUUCCGCACCUUGGGCGCCCCCAACGGGUGGAGCGCGCGCGGCGGCCAGGGCCGGAAUCCAUACGUACUAUCGGCGGAUCCGUGCGGGUCGAGCAGCGGAUCGGCAAUAGCGGCGGCGGCGAACAUGGCGGCGGUGACGCUGGGGACUGAGACGGACGGGUCCAUCAUCUGCCCCGCGGCAAGGAAUUCGGUGGUGGGGAUCAAGCCCACGGUGGGGCUCACUAGCCGGGCUGGGGUCGUCCCAAUUUCCCCAAGACAGGACACCAUCGG